AUGGCGAUACCAGGCAUUUUCCCAGAUCUUUCGGAAAAGGUAUCUCAAAGUCCAUUAGCACUAUAUGACAGUAAACAUCAUUUAGAAAUAGCCUCUAGCUUGAAGGAUAACUUUAAAAAUCGUUUCAAGGUUUUCAACGAAAUUGCUAUAGUGGCGCAAUUUGUUCGAAGGCGCCGCUGCGACAGAAAUGGAAGUGAUUGCGUUUCAAAAUGAUUUAGC